AUGCAGGGCUACAAGUACUCCAUAGACAGGGAAGAACCCACUCACAGCUUCCUUCUUCAUCCCUUUCAGGCCCGCCGCGCGUUCUCUGCCACCGCAUUCAGACCAACGAGUUCCGAUAACGACUCAACCUCUCAUCCCUUGUAUGAGCCAAUCGAGGGUGUCGAGAGAUUUGAAAACUACUGCCCGGGAGGCUACCACCCUAUACAGAUCGGCGAUCAGUUCCGCGGUCGGUAUCGGGUAGUCCACAAACUUGGUCAUGGCUCGUAUUCAACGACAUGGUUGGCCUAUGACAACCAAUUGAAACGGUAUGCUGCGGUCACGGUCUGUACAGCGGACUCGAAACCAAAGAAGGAGAGCGAUAUUCUAUCAGCCCUCGCCAGCGCCCAACAUUCCCCUAUACAAAGUGCAGGCGCGACAAUGAUACCCUCGAUCCUAGAUAGCUUCAACAUCCAGGGCCCAAAUGCAAGAAUUAGCCUCUCAGGAGUGGUUCAUGGAGAUCUCCAUCUCGGCAAUAUCCUUCUUAGGAUGCCGCCCAAACUAGACCAACUCUCGAUUGAGGAGAUGUAUGGGGAGCAUGGAGCACCGGGACUAGAACCAGUGGUUCCUUUGAAUGGCAAGGCGCUUCCAUCAGGUGUUCCAUCCCAUGGCAUCUUUCCAAUAUGGCUCGGGGAGGCAAGCGAUAAGCUUUCCCUUGCGGAGUCUAGGAUUCUGCUCACAGACUUUGGCGAAGCCUUUUCACCUUCAGAAGAAAAGAAAUAUAUUUCCCACACACCCCUGCGAUCCUUAUUCGAAGGUUUCCUCGCGACAGAAGACUACAUAACCCGCGAGCAGGCACGGCAUGAAACAUUCCACGAGAACGGGAUACCAAAAGACCGAGAACUUCUUCUAACAUGGACUGACCGGUUCGAGGAUAGCGUGCAGGAGCCCAGACAGAAGCGUGGGAUGCCUGUGUUUGAUUCAAGGGAAAGUGAGGCCAUCUUUUCUCUGUUACAGUCCAUGCUCUCGUUCAGGCCUGAGGAUAGACCUACUGCUAAGCAAGUUCUCCGGUCUGAGUGGAUGGUAAAGUGGGCUCUUCCUGAAUAUUGCAGGUUGGAAGAGAAGACUACAUGAUUGCUGUUACUUGUUCCUUAUUGAUUCUUGCGACUUUCUCAUGGGGUACUGGGGAAGGUGCAUGCUUGGCUAUAUAUUCUUGUU